UCCCGCGGGCGUCAUAUCCGGAAAACCGUACAGUUAUAAAGUCCAGUGUGUUUCGUUUCAGAGAAAUGUUGAUACACUUAUUAGAAUAAAUGCACAAGAGUCCAACAGAAGAACAGGAUGAGUGUCUCGUUUUCUUAGAUCAUCUGGAGAGUUUGUAAUUUAUGCAUGUCAGUGUUUUUCUCGCUGGCAACUUACGUGCAGAUAAAUGAUCCGGAUGCUGUCUUGUGGAUGGCUGGUUAUGCAGUUCCAGCUGGACUGUGUUUUUUGCUUUGCUGUCAACCACAAAUAACAGAGUCACUAUUAUGGAGGCGAAUGGCUGAUCUGCAUGUGCUUGUAGCCUCUGCGUUUGGAGUCAUUCUGGGCUGGAAACUUUAUAAAGAGGGAAUUACAGACAUUUUCCAGCAAGAGGAAGGAAGAGAAUGUUCUGGACUCCUGCUGACGGUUUUCUGGCUGCUGUUGUGUCGGCGUUCAGGAAGGAGUUCUGUGGGCUCUGUCAGGAUCUGCACUGCUGUGGGAAUUACUGUGUUUCCCUUCAUCACGUGGAUCUAUUACUACAUGAACACAGAGCUGAGGAAACACUGGCCUGAACACUGUACAACUGCUCUCUGAUCAGCCAAAACACUCAAGAAACCACAUCUGAACUCUGGAUCGGCAGGACAUACAGAUGAACUCAGCUUUACUGAAAUGGACUGAUGGACUGGUAAUAUGAUCUUGAAUAAAUAUUUAAUAAUUCAAACAUUGUAGAAAUACAAACUCUCCAAACACCAGUGCUGCAAACAUGAUAAUGUUAUCUGUUCCCUCAAUAGCCUGAAUAAAAUGAAUGUAAAUAAGAGUAUGUGUGUCAUAAUGCUUUUAAUGUAGAUAAUGUUAUAAUGAAGGAUCUGAUCUGCCAUCUGAAGGUUUAAAUAUACAUUCUCAUUAUUAUUGUAUGUACAUGGUUAAGCUUUGCUUACAGCUGUAAUUAGUUUUAAAUAAAUUAACAUCACAUAUAUACAAAGUAAAAGUGUUAUGACACAAUAAAACAUGUUACAUAUAUAUACAGCUAUUUACAAAACCAAGAAAACAGUACAAAUAACAAUAACACUGAACUCAGCUUG